AAGUCACAGCGCUAGGCUGAAAGGUGACGAUGCGAUUGGUCGCAUCUUGGACCUGAACGAGCUUGAACUACUUAUUCUGCUUUUUCUGCAAACUUAUGUACCUCGUCUGCUUGCUUUUGCUUGUAAAGGUCGUUCAAUACACAAUGCAAACUUCUUAACUAUGGACUUCUUUCUAGAUGCGUGGAACGAUUUACUCGCGAGCAAUGGUUGCUACCCCAUAUUGGACAUGUAUGGUCUGGGCGUAUUCUCGCAAGCUUCGCGCUUUUCUGCUCUUUCCUGAGUAUCCUUUCCCCUGUGGUGCUGGCGUCGUUCUUUCCUUGCAGCAAGUCUGCACUCCAUUCCUUUCGUUUCUGACUUGUCUUGUAAACUGUAUCCGCUUUGAUAGCCCUUCUUAGCUGGUCUACCUGCAAUCUGAAAUGCUCUGCUGCUUUCUAAAGUAUUGCUGAAUAUUCCUUGUGUUAAAUGGGCACAGUCUGUCUCUCCAAUGCUCCUAUUCUCCGGUGCCAGUCCCUCACGCGGUUGGAAUCUGGGAUUCUCCUGAUACCCUCCGGUCUGGAACUGAUUUUCUCCAUCAGUCUGCUGUUUGCGAAACGGUCAGGAAGAAAACAUUAUUGUCUCUCCAUUGAGGGUAUAGUCUACUUCAUUCUGGCCGGCAUUGACUUCCUUGCGCAUGCUUUGCCCAUACCCCGCCAUUCCCUGGAUAUUUUUAAAGGUCUUGAUAUCUUCAUCGGAGCGCUCUCGUUUUCACCUCUGCUGUUGUACACAUUGUAUCUUUUCCUCCUUACGACCCAGGACGUCCUUCCUGGAUUCCCUCGGCGCAUGCAAGCGAUUUCCAAGUAUGUACUGAUCGGAUUUAUUCCGUUUAUCGUCGUCGCCAAUGAGUUGGCCUCUUUUGUUGGCAUCUCGUACCACCUCCUGCAGGACCCAAAUGGAGAGCACAUUAUCGCUCUUGGAUUCAUGAAUGACACGGUCAGGCUGUUCCUCAACAGCUUCGUCCUCGUUUUGCUUGUUUGUUUCCAAGGUCUAAACUUUGCCGCUUCAUUCUUUCGCCUCAUCAAAGCAUUCAUGAAUCAACGCCGCAUUGACACUACCGUCGAUGGAUCCGACAAUGAAGUCCAUCUGUUUAAUGGACUCGGUUGGAUUAUCGGAGGCAUCAAGUUAGGUGCCGUCGAGUCUAUCAUUGGCUUCGUUCAAGACGGAGGGUUUGGUCUAGCCCUUACUAGACGGAUCUUGAGGUUGCUGGGACGUGCAUGUCUGAUUAUUGGCGUAGUCAAGGGGUGGGUUGCCUUCCCCUCAUUGCAAAUGUUUCUGACUGAAUUUGGAAACAGUGUGGACAUAGUGGAGGACUUUCAAUUCAUCAAGGCACCUAAAGAACCCAAACCUCAACGUCGUUCAAUGCUCCGUGCUCUCAUAUCGAAUCCACGUCACAGCACUUUCCAACAAAUUGGUGGUCACAACUUCUCCGGUGCCAGCGUUGCUGAUGUCGUGCCUGCCGAGAUACGAGCAACCAGACUCACGCCUUCUACAUCUGUCCUCAUUCCUCCCCGUGCCUUCAUGGCAUCCAGCAACUUGCCAAGGAAUCCGUCUGCCCUGUUCAGUCAGGCUGCAAUGACACCUCCCCGGCCGCCGCUGAUGUCUACGAACAUGCCACCGUCCAUGUCAUCCACCGAUGCACCGUUCAGCCCCCAGCUUCCUGCUACUGCAUUUGCUCCUGAGCAGCGUGUCACAGUUUAUUUGACGCCUCAUCGCGCACCUACCUUGGUGCUCCGUCCGGUUUCUGACUUAGAUGUACCCCAAUCUUUGAAGUCUGAUGACCCCUUGAGCAGUAGAUCAGCAUCACCAGCCCGGCCAGUCCGACCUUCCACCAUGUCAUUUCCGCUCACUUCGCCACUAUCCAUAACAGAAUAUGUGGACGAGACUUCGCCUCCUAUUCCUCUAACGGCCCCGGCUGAUGGCUCUACAGACCGUAAGGCGGCUCGAUAUACCAUUGCUGGGGGCCCUGACUACUCAAACACCAACCGCGCUGCACGCAAGAGCAGUCUCGUGUUACCUCGGGAAAGCGUUGCGUCAAUUUAUAGCACGGACUCUUUGGACGUUGUUCACACCUUGGCUAGUCAAUUCCCGGGUAUCCCUCCUCGGCGCGCCGCUUCCAAGUCUCAAUCGGCCACUCUGCAAAGUCCUCAAGAGGGAGAUGAAGAUGAUGCUAUGACUGUGUCAGGUUCAGCGAGCGUUUCCCGCAGUGCGAGUGAACGCAGUCAACGGACAACGACCACAAGGAGCGGUUCGCUAGUUCGGAGGAGCAGCUCAGUCAAGCGCAAGCCUGUUCCAAAGGCGAAAGAGUUGACGAUAUCAGAAGAUGGGUCAGAUGAAAUUACUUUGGUCACAAAUUCAGCUCCUGUCUCACGCUCCAAUAGCCUGAAGGACGAUAACAAGGCACCCAUGCCGCCUUUACCCACCGCCAUAUCUGUGCCUGACUCUGCCAUAACGUUCGAUGCCGGUCGUCCACUUAUGGAUCGACGCUACACGUCUCCUGCCAAUGUACCGUUCCCUUCGUGGCAAAAGACGAAGAACGACCAACGGGCCACGUUGGAGUUCCCUUGGGUUGCCCGCACAGAUAAUGUUGCUAAAGAUGGUGUGGCUGUCUUGGAAGAGGCUCGGGAAUCAGUUGGUAUCUCGAGGAUAAUGAGUGUUGGCAGUGCUCCAAGAAGAACCACACGAGCUGUGGAGAACGCCUUCGCCAGGCAAAGUAUCAUUGCCGAAUGGUACGACCUCCCCGACGACCUUCGCAAGAAGAAGAUCUCCGAGACAAGUGCUGUCUCUGCGAGACAUUUAGGGAUUAAUCGAGAUCUUGAGUUGGGAGAUAGUUUCUUAGAUUGCCGUUGACUUUGCUCUUUCUGUAGUACGUUUUGCGUCGAGGCCGUCGUGCCGUUUUGGUUGUUUUGCGCAGUGUACAAUAGUGCUUGGGAAAUUCGUGAUCUUACGCUUGCCAGAAAGGAGAAAAGAAAAGGCGUGAACAUCCGAGGAAACAUAUACAGACAGCAAUAAAGAUAGGUAUAGAAGUACAGUGUCAGAGCAUCAAUUCUGUAACAGUGCGUCAGCAAACAUUGGCAAAGCCAUAGUAGAGUACACACCUCUGGUAUCCGGAA